AUGACCACCAAAGUCUUCCCUCGCGCACCAAACCCAUCUCCCAACGGUCGCGGCGUUCUCACCUUCCGCAGCAACGUCCAAAGUGUUGACGAAGCUCCCGCCGAUGCGGCUGCCAUUCUUUCAUCAAUCAACGAGAAGCAAAGUGAUGAUGGCUACAAAUUGAAAGGCAUCAUUCUGUACAUCUGCGACAACUUUCGGAAAUGCAAGGGGCUAUGGGCAGUGAGCUGGGUAGAAAAGCCCACGUGUCCUACCAUGAUCAAGGUCUCGAAGUACAAGGAGCUGGCCGUGACGAAGGUGUGCGCAGACUGUGAGCUGGGGGAAUGGGAGCUAGUUGACAAGGCUGAGGGCUGA